CCCCUGCCAGAGCCCGAGCCGGAGCCGGAGCCGCGGCGGACGAGCGCCGGCGCAGUAGGAUGAGGCAGCCAGCGGACCCGGGAGCCUGAGCCCUUGCAAAGCCGGCAAUGACAAGUCUGAAUGGUCGCCAUGCAGAGAAAACCAUUGACAUGCCAAAACCAUCAGCCCCCAAAGUGCACGUGCAGAGGUCCGUGUCCCGAGAUACCAUCGCCAUUCACUUCUCGGCAUCCGGGGAGGAGGAGGAGGAAGAGGAGGAGGAGUUCAGGGGGUACCUGGAGGAGGGGCUAGAUGACCAAAGCAUUGUAACGGGGCUUGAAGCCAAGGAGGACCUGUAUCUUGAAGCCCAGGGUGGCCAUGACCCUUCAGGCCCUGCUGCUGCGACUGUCCCGGCAGAUGGGCUGUCCAAGACCCCUGCCAUUUUGCCUGUCUCUGAGAACACGGUAAAGCUGCUAGAGUGCCCUGCUCCAGCAGUGCAAGUAUUAAGUCCCGUGCCACUGGCUCUGUCCCCGGGGUCAUCCUCAUCCGGCCCUUUAGCUAGUUCUCCCAGUGUGUCAUCCCUUUCUGAGCAGAAAACCAGUUCCUCGUCUCCACUGUCUUCCCCUUCCAAGUCUCCGGUCCUUUCAUCCAGUGCCUCGUCCUCCGCCCUGUCCAGUGCAAAGCCCUUCAUGAGCCUGGUGAAGUCCUUGUCAACCGAGGUGGAGCCAAAAGAAUCCUCUCACCCCCCACGGCACAGGCACUUGAUGAAGACUCUGGUCAAGUCCCUGUCCACAGACACCUCCAGGCAGGAGUCAGAUACCGUGUCCUAUAAGCCCCCCGACUCCAAACUCAACCUGCACCUGUUCAAACAGUUCACACAGCCACGGAACACGGGUGGAGACUCCAAGACCGCGCCUUCUUCCCCACUGACUUCUCCCUGUGACACUCGCUCCUUUUUUAAAGUGCCGGAAAUGGAGGCGAAAAUCGAAGACACUAAGCGACGCCUUUCCGAAGUCAUCUAUGAGCCAUUUCAGCUCCUCAGCAAAAUCAUGGGGGAGGAGAGCGGCAGCCACAGGCCCAAAGCCUUAUCCUCAAGUGCUUCAGAGCUCUCCAACCUGUCCAGCCUGAACGGGCACUUGGAGAGCAAUAACAACUACAGCAUCAAGGAGGAGGAGGGUGACUCCGAGGGUGACGGUGAUGACGGUGACCCCAGCGCCCCCAGGAGCGAUCCCCCAAAGCCCACUGAGGACGCCACGAAGGAUGGGGAGCCCAAGGGUUCCCAGGCAAGCAGUCUGAAGGAUUUAGGCCUGAAGACAAGUUCUCUGGUUCUCGAGAAAUGUUCUCUGUCUGCUUUAGUGAGCAAAGAGGACGAAGAGUUCUGUGAGCUGUACACCGAGGACUUUGAGCUGGAGACUCAGAGCGAGGGGAGACUUGACAAGACCCUUGAUGUCCCCCUCGAGCCAGAGGUGCUUGCCCACGAUGGCAUGGCUCUGGACGGCGAUGACGAAGUGGACUUGGCCAGCCAGCACCAGGAGUUGCCUGUAAAGACGCUGGGCUUCUUCAUACUGUGUGUCUAUGCGUACCUCAUCCUCCCCCUCCCCUACUACGUGAGCGGGCUCUUCCUGGGCAUUGGCCUUGGGUUCAUGACCGCAGUUUGCAUGAUUUGGUUCUUUACACCACCAAGUGCUCAUAAGUACCACAAAUCUCAUAAGGCUCUGCGGCACUGCAACGCCAGAUCCCUGGACAUCAAAGAGCCGGAAAUACUAAAGGGAUGGAUGAACGAGAUCUACAACUAUGAUCCAGAAACUUACCAUGCGACCUUGACACACUCAGUCUUCGUCAGGCUGGAGGGCGGAACCCUAAGACUUUCAAAGCCCAACAAAAACAUAUCCAGGAGGGCGAGCUACAAUGAAACAAAGCCAGAGGUCACCUACAUCAGCCAGAAAAUCUACGACCUCUCAGACAGCAAGAUUUAUCUUGUUCCUAAAAGCUUGGCUCGCAAACGCAUCUGGAAUAAAAAGUACCCCAUUUGUAUUGAGCUUGGUCGGCAAGAUGACUUUAUGUCUAAGGCACAGUCGGAUAAGGAAACCAGUGAGGAGAAGCCACCUGCUGAGAAAGAGACGGCAAGCGAAGACCCUAAGAAGACGCCCCAGCUUCCAGAGGGAACAAAAUCUAACCAGCGAGACCCGAUACUCUAUCUGUUUGGGAGAACUGGCCGAGAAAAAGAGGAGUGGUUUAGGAGGUUUAUCCUGGCAUCCAAGCUGAAGUCAGACCUCAAGAAGCCGUCUGGCGUCUCUGGGAGUAAAUCAGGGCCAUUGCCCACCCACAGCAGACACAGCAGUCCCUCGGGCCACCUGACCCAUAGCCGCAGCAGCAGCAAAGGCAGCGUGGAGGAGAUGAUGUCCCAGCCAAAGCAGAAGGAGCUGGUGGGCAGUGUGCGACAGAAGAUGCUUCUAGACUACAGUGUGUACAUGGGCAGGUGUGUGCCUCAGGAUGACCGAAGCCCCCACAGGAGCCCUGUGCAGAGUGCGGAGAGCAGCCCCACAGCGGGGAAGAAGUUGCCAGAGGCCCCACCCUGUGAGGAGGAAGAGCAGGAAGCCUGGGUGAAUGCCUUGCUUGGAAGAAUAUUUUGGGACUUCUUAGGCGAGAAAUACUGGUCUGAUGCGGUGUCGAAGAAAAUCCAGAUGAAACUGAGCAAAAUUAAGCUCCCCUACUUUAUGAAUGAGCUAACACUGACAGAACUUGACAUGGGUGUGGCUGUGCCAAAAAUCCUUCAGGCCUUCAAGCCUUAUGUUGAUCACCAAGGACUCUGGAUCGAUUUGGAAAUGUCUUACAACGGGUCCUUUCUGAUGACUCUUGAGACCAAAAUGAACCUGACCAAACUAGGUAAAGAGCCUCUUGUUGAAGCCCUGAAGGUUGGAGAAAUUGGCAAAGAAGGUUGCAGGCCCAGGGCAUACUGUCUGGCCGACAGUGAUGAAGAAUCCUCCAGUGCCGGUUCCUCUGAGGAAGACGAUGCGCCGGAGCCUAGUGCUGGAGACAAACAGCUGCUCCCCGGAGCUGAAGGGUAUGUUGGAGGUCAUCGAACAAGUAAGAUUAUGAGGUUUGUUGAUAAAAUCACCAAGUCAAAAUAUUUCCAAAAAGCGACAGAGACGGAGUUCAUUAAGAAGAAAAUUGAAGAAGUCUCGAACACGCCACUACUGCUAAGUGUGGAGGUGCAGGAGUGUCGCGGGACCUUGGCGGUCAACAUCCCCCCGCCCCCAACUGACCGGAUAUGGUAUGGUUUCCGGAAGCCACCAUAUGUGGAGCUGAAAGCUCGGCCAAAACUUGGAGAGAGAGAGGUGACUUUAGUUCACGUGACAGAGUGGAUAGAGAAGAAACUGGAGCAGGAGCUUCAGAAAGUUUUUGUCAUGCCAAACAUGGAUGAUGUUUAUAUCCCUAUAAUGCACUCAGCCAUGGACCCUCGCUCCACUUCCUGCCUCCUGAAAGAGCCACCUGUGGAGGCCUCUGACCAGCUGUGAUGGGUGAAGAUGGGACAUUCCCGGUAUUACGAGACCCAUCUCAAGGCAUGGGAUUUGUGGCUGCCAUCUGUGCUGUGGGGCUAGCCUUUACUGGUGCCACAGCCACGUCUCUUAAAGGACUGCUUCUGCCCUCUGCCUGCCGGUGCCCAUUCCACUGUGAGGUGUCAUUCCCCGCCCGCAUCCAGCGACAAGUGUCUAGUUUGUCUGUUGAAAAGCUUUGACUGGCAAAGGAGACUGGAAGAACCAUUGUGGUAGAGCCAGAAUUUAACAACUGACUCACACCAUGCCUUUUUUUUUUUUUUUUUUUUUAAGUCUACCAGGUUUUGUGACAGCAAAUGAGCACAUUCAGAGCAAAGCUGUACAACUGGAAGGCUUCCCCUGGCCUGACUCCUCCAAAGCUUUUCCUCAGGCAGCUGGUGCACACAGAACACUUUCCACUUUUUACGCAUGACUGCAGCCCUCACGCCGGGAGAACGCCACUGUGCUCACCUGUGUGGAGCGCGGUUUUGUGAGCCAUUUCAUCGGUGGUAAAAUAGGCAGAGCAACUUUCUUCAUAUUCAGUUGUGCAUUUGGGAAGCAAGCAGCCAUAGAACACACACACCCACACUUUCACAUGGGGUGGGGACAGUGGGUUUCAUGUGAACAUCAGGCAAAGCCAUGAGAUCAAACCAUCCCAAAUGAAGUACAAUCACCUUGCUUCUAACCAAUCCUGAUUAUUUCUCAGAGACAUGAGCAUAUGUGACAAUGUCAAACACCGCACACAAUGACCGAUUGCUCCUCCCUGGUACUGAUGGGAUUGGCCCAGAGAGCCAGAGUCCAGGUGUUCUCUCGUUUUUCUGUGUGCUCUGGGAAGCUUCGCCGUGGGGUGGGAGGGCCUUCUAACUGGCUUGGGAGUUUUGCGGGCAGCCCCCUUCUCUGAUGGCCAAAUGAAGGACUGCUCUUUACUUUCUAAGGGUCAAGCACUACGUCUCCACAUGCACUUGUGACCUUUCUUUAAUGUUGCCAACUUAAGUUGAUGCAUUUGUGUCAGAAUGUUUAGUUUACAAAUUUGGGGGCUAUAAUUGUGUAAUUUGCUUUAAGACCUAAUACAAAUUUGUCUAAAGCUGCACUCAAUGUCAAAAUUACCUUGGGUAACUUCUGAUAAUUUAGUUUAUGUGGACAAAGCUAAUAGUUUUUUUUAACAGCACCUUGCCUGAAGAUGACGUUAAAGAAAUUAAUAUAUUGAAAAGUUAUAUUUGAGCCUUUAUUUUUAAUCAUCCCAUUAAAACAUGACAAAUUAUUUGACCAUUCCA